AGCAGAGCCAUCGUAGUGGAGCUUCACUCGCACGGCCGCACGCACGAGCGGAGGGGAAGCCAUGACGGAGCUGUUCGACACGGCCGUGACAAGCCUCUUCCACCUGCCGGAGGUGCUCGACCGCCUCGCUGACGCCGGGGGCCGCCGAUCGGCGGGCGACCACGCGAACCACGCCGGGCGUGGUCACGGGGACCGCAUCGGCGGCAUCGGUGGCGGAGGAGGCGGCGGCGCGCCGGUGGACAUCGUGGAGACGCUGGGUACGUACGAGUUCGUGCUCGACGUCCCUGGCCUCUCCAAGUCCGACAUCCAGGUGACGCUGGAGGAGGACCGCGUGCUGGUGAUGAAGAGCAGCAACGGGAAGCGGAAGCGGGAGGAGGAGGAGGAGGACGGGGACUGCAAGUACAUCCGGCUGGAGCGCCGCGCGUCGCCGAGGUCGUUCGCGCGCAAGUUCCGGCUGCCGGAGGACGCGGACACCGGCGGCAUCUCGGCGCGCUGCGAGAACGGCGUGCUCACGGUCACCGUCAAGAAGCGGCCGCCGCCGGAGAAGAAGACCAAGUCCGUCCAGGUCACCAUCGCUUGAACCAGGGGACCAAAAAAAAAAAGCUGUGUUAGAAGUAGUAAUGUGGCAAUGUGACCGUAGUAGGAAAAUGAAUUAGCCGAAUGGUAGUGAAAUGUCUCCUGCUCGUGCUUCGCGAGCACGUACAACUGUACAAGUCGUCGUCGCUGUUCUGCUUUGUGUAAAACGCUUUAUGUCAAGUCGAGCUACGAAAUUCACCGCUGUUCUAUGUCAGCCUGAUUCGAUCAAUGUCAAGCUACAAUUUUGAUCCUACGAGCGUUUGUGCAAGUCAAGCAACAAAGAAGCUUGACCAAGCUGAGAUGGCUCGCCGCUUCAAAAAUAUUCAAGU